UGAAAAGUAUACAGCUUUGAUAGGGACUUUCGCUCCCCGUCCCAUCCCUAAAUCCCAACGACCACCAGAAUCUUUGCUCCUACCCGGCCACCGCCAGAAUCUCCGCUCCUCUGCCCUGCCACCACCAGAAUCUCCGCUCCUUUGCCUUCACCGGGUCGCAGUCAGGAUAGUUAAAGGGGGAGGAGAAGUGAUAGGUUUCUGUUAUUAAUAUGGCGGGGGUUGUGGCGGCUGGUGGUGGCGGCGGAUUGUUCUUAUACCGCCGCCCCUUUUCAUCCAUGACUCCUCUCCUCAACAAUGCAGAAUUAUCUGUACUUCCUCCUCUUUCUCUCCACUUGUCGACUGCUUCCUCUGCAAAGAGGAGCACGGGCAUAUGGUGUGGGCCGAGGGACCAGAACCGCGGCCCGCUGGCUCGAGGGCGACUCCUCUCCACUGAAGCCAUGCUCGCUAUUCAAUCCCUCAAGAGGUCACCUAACCUCCUCGCGCAAACCACCUCUCGCCUCCUCAAGGCUGACCUACUUGCUGUCCUCAAGGAGCUCCAGAGGCAAGACCAAUGCCACCUAGCCCUCCAGGUAUUCGGGGUGGUGCGCAAGGAGGUUUGGUACAAGACGGAUUUUGGCCUGUACGCAGAGAUGGUCACGGCAUUGUCAAGGAAUGGUAUGACAGAAGAGAUUGACAGCCUCAUUGCGGAUGCCCUGCAAGACAAGUUUGAGACUGACAAUCGUGGAAUUGCUCGCCUUGUGAGGGCUUUGAUAGGGGCGGGAAAUGCAGAAGGGGCAGUUAGCAUUUAUGAGAUGACCAAGGGCAGUGGAUUCCUUCCUGAUGAUUUUCUCUUCAGGGUUUUGAUAAGAGGGCUCAAGAGGUUGGGUAAACAAGCCCAUGCCGCCAAAGUCAUGGACGAUUUCAGGGAAUUCUCGAAAAAAUCAGUACUAGUGGGGUAUGAGGAGCUGAGCAUGGCGGCGUGAGCUGCUUCUUGGAAAGCUGAUGGGAUGGUCUUGCUAAAAGUGUGUUGCCGGUUGCAUUUCAUGCAUAUAAUUGUUUGGUUGAAUCACAUAUAAAUCCAAAUGGAGUACUUGUAACUGGAAUUAUCUAUAUGUAUAUUACAAGUUGAGAAGACAUAAGUUACAGAUGGAAUUCCACCACUGAGACCCCUGCUCGGGGAACCCACUUCUAUGAUAUAUGAAUCUUGGACAAUAUGAAGGAAGCAACGCAGAUGGAACUAAUAUAUUUGGACUCAGAAGCCAAGUGUAUUGAUGCAGACAGCAAAAGUGGUCAAAGUUGAGGCGCUGCAUGAGUGCUUGCGAAAAACAAACUAGUGCUUUAAUCAGUAGAUCAUAUGGCCUUGAGUACACAACAGUUAUUUUGUUGGAGGCUUUUGAGGAUGAUUUAAUGAUGGUAUAUGCGUAUAUGCAUUCUGUGAUUGUGCUUUUUGAGCCAUAAACCCAAAGAGUCAUACUCUAAUGUUCUUCAUAAACAUUGAUGUCUUUUGUGCUUUCUAGUUAUCUUAUUUUUCUUCUGAA